UAAGUCUCCUCAUCCGCCCUUCCACUCACUCCCGCCCCCACACUCCUUCUCAGCGCCAACUAUCGUCGAUACACUCUCACUCCCAUCCAACCGACGCGUCCCACUAGGUCGCCAUGUCCCUCAAUGACAGCACCCCUCCUCCAAGUCCUGCACGUCAGGAGACAACCAACCUCCUGCCAAAGGACAUCUCUCUGACCGUCAACUACCUCCCGUCCAAGUUUUCCAGCGGCCUUCUCUCCCCAGGCGCUAGGAGACGUAAGCCAAAAGUCGACUUAUCCCUCCCUAAACAAGGCGGAGGCAGAGAGGCGUUCAAGAGCAAUGAACCACGCAUGGCUGGGGAGGGAGACGAGGACUACGAUGGCGUCACGGGUGAUUGGUUUGGUGGAAAAGAAGGCGGACGCACGCGUCCCCGUAUGCGUUGGAACAAAUUCAAAUGGACUCUUUUCGUGGCUAACGUAUGCUUGUCCAUUUACGCGCUCACCGGUCUUAUCUCUUGCCUCCUGACAUGGUUCGACGUCUUCGAGCACGCCGAUAUCGUCCGCGUAGGAAACCGUACCGAACUCGUUCUUUCCACCGUCGCAGCAGCAGCCGCGACCAUCACAUCCGUCUUCGGCUGGGCAGGCAUCCUCCUCAACAACCGCUCCUUCCUCGCCUACUACACUUUCUUCCUCUGGAUCUGUUUUGGUCUAUUGGUCAGCCCGGGCUACCUCACUUACAAGCAACGUACUUUCAAUCUGGAGGGCAAGAUCAAUGCUCAGUGGUCUCGUAACCUCGGCGCUGCGGGCCGUUUACGUAUCCAAAAUCGUCUUCACUGUUGCGGAUACUACUCUCCCUUCGUCGAAGCCACCGUCUCACAGACAUGUUACGCUCGGUCGGUUUUGCCCGGGUGCAAGGCGGCUUACCUGCAAUUCGAAAGACGCGUACUCGAGAUUUGGUAUACAAUCGUCUUCUCUCUCGUCCCCCUUCAGAUCUUUAUUAUGCUCGCUGGACUGCUGUGCUCGAACCAUGUCACCUACCGUUUCGGAAAGGGUAUGAUGCCCAAGGCGUAUCGUCUCAGUUUGAACAGCAUGGCCGUCAUCAUGGAUAACUAUGCCAGUCAACUCGCAGAACAGUACGGGUCGGAUGUCGCUUCAGAUAUUCUUGCCCGCUCCAGGUCCAAUCUCGGAGUGGAGUCGUUACCCUAUACACCUCAGACAGCGAGCGUAUCCUCUGGGAGCGGUGGUGGCACUGGACGUGCUCACGACGGUAUUGGGAUGUAGUAAACUGUUUCUUGGUCUUGAAUGUUCCUCCUCGUGUGCCGUUGCUCCCUUCAUUUGUCCCCACCAUUCUUAUUUUUUUUAUUAUUACAUCGACUCUACUGAUAAUGAUACAACCACAGGACAUGGGGAUCCGUGCUAAUUGUUAAAAUGCUUGGCUAUGUGCUUGAGUGUUUUGGAGCACAGCGCUCUCGCGUUUAUAGUCUAUAGCAAGUAGGGAGCUCGUGAGGCCAGACAUGCCCAGUGUCCUAUAGCAUGCGGUGAAGUUUGUUUGAGGACUGUAGAAGGCCAGCUAGUUCACCUAUACUACAUGAUGCAGCAGCAUCAGACACAAGGAC